AAUUGAUGCACCAUGGUAUCACCUUCCCUUCUUAGCAGUGAAGUCUAAAAACAAAAAAAACAAAAAAAAAAACCAAAAAAAAAAAAAAAAUGGCGAACCAAACUGAAAUCCGGUUCGGCAUCCUGGGCUGCGCCAAUAUAGCCAGGAAGCUCUCUCGGGCCAUAACUCUAGCUCCGAACGCCACACUCGCCGCCGUCGGCAGCCGGUCACUUGAAAAGGCCAAAGCCUUUGCAUCAGCCAACAACUUCCCUCCCAACGCCAAGAUUUACGGCUCCUAUGAAGAAGUUCUCGACGAUGAAGACGUCGACGCCGUCUAUGUUCCGUUGCCGACUGGUCUUCAUCUCCGGUGGGCCGUUCACGCCGCCAAGAAGAAGAAGCACAUACUUCUUGAGAAGCCGGUCAGCUUGAAUGUGGCCGAGUUCGAUGCCAUCGUUGAUGCCUGCGAAUCCAAUGGAGUGCAGAUCAUGGACGCUACCAUGUGGAUGCACCACCCAAGGACCGCUCAAAUGAAAGACUUCCUCUCCGAUACUGACCGUUUUGGCCACCUCAAAAUGAUGAACACAUACUUCUGCUACGCCGGGGACGAAGAAUUUCUCAAAAAAGACAUACGUGUGAAGCCGGAACUCGACGGUCUGGGUGCCUUAGGCGAUGCAGGGUGGUACUGCAUCAGGGCGAUCCUGUGGGCAGCAGACUACCAACUACCAAACAAAGUGAAAGCAUUGCGUGGUGCCGUUCACAACGAUAAAGGGGUGAUUCUAUCAUGCGGCUCAUCUUUACAUUGGGAAGAUGGAAAAGUGGCAACUUUCCAUUGCUCUUUCUUGUCCCAUUUGACCAUGGACAUCACCGCCAUAGGAACCAAAGGAACUUUCUAUCUCAAAGAUUUCGUCAUCCCUUUUGACCAAAAGGAAGCCAAUUACUUUUCCAACUCCCAGUUUUGGGUCAAUGAUAUUUCUUGUUGGGUCCCCACGCCCAAAAACCAGGUUCUUGAUCUUCCUCAAGAAGCUCUCAUGGUGAAAGAGUUCUCUCGUUUGGUCGGGGAGAUUAAGAAUGGAGGCUCCAAGCCCGAGACAAAAUGGCCCAUCAUCAGCCGGAAGACACAGCUUGUUGUGGAUGCUGUUAAGGCAUCCAUUGACAAAGGUUUUGAGACUGUUGAGCUUUGAAUAUUGAAGCAUGUAUGUGUGUCAAUGGACUAGAAGGACCAAUGGCAUAGCUCACUCUGUUGCUAAGUGGGCUCUGAAUAAUAGCUGCUAUGGUCCUGUAGACCUUUCUUGUUUGCCUGAUUCCCUUUUUUAUCUUUUGAUCCAGGAUUGUGAGCCUGAGGCAACAACCUGAAUCGGAUCUCUUUUCAGCCCUUCCUUUUGGUUUCUUAUGAAUCCCUUGUUUUCAGCCCC